AUGCUCCUGGGGCGGCCAUGGGGAAGAUGCCAUCUCGGGCGCUGCGUAGUCUUCCUCAUCCUCGCCCUCCUGCUUGAUGCUGUGGGCCUGGUCAUUUUGCUGCUGGGGAUCUUUGCCACACUGACUUUCUGGGACUUCUUGGUCUACACGGGAGCCCUGAUGCUGGCCUUCAGCCUGCUGUUCUGGAUCGCCUGGUAUACCUUCAACAUCGAGGUGUCCCUCGAUAAGCUGGACUUGUAG